AUGGUCGACAUCCCAGAGAUAGAAAAUGACGACCUUAUUGAAGAAAACUCGCUGAGCGUGGUAGUCAGAUGUCUCAACCCAGCGGCCCACAAGAUUGGGGGACUUGUCAAAGCACUACCACCCAUAUGGGGACUAGAAGAUAGAGUCCAUGGGCGAGGAGUGGGCGAAAACAGAGUUCAGUUCAUCUUCCAAUCAUACAGAGAUCUCCAUCACGUCUUAACCAGAGGGCCUUGGUUCGUUAACGGAUGGAUUGUCUCCCUUGACCAGUGGACUCCGCGCCCUGGACCUGAUUUCCUCAAAAAAAUCCCCUUCUUGAUAAGAGUCAGAGGUAUCCCCAUACACCUCUUAAAGAAACAAGCUAUCGAAAGCCUGUUGGGACCUCUGGGCACCGUGGAGAAAGUCGAGCUACACGCAAAGAACUCAACUUCAGUAGACUAUGUCAGAGCACUAGUCUGGAUCAAUGCAGAUGAACCUCUGCAGUUUAGGAGAACUGCCCGCUUCAGAUCAGGAGAAGUUGUGCCCACGGAGCUCGAAUACGAAAAGCUUCUCAAAAUCUGUUUCACCUGCAAACGUCUCACUCAUGACCAAACUCGAUGUCCCGAGGUAGCACCAGCACAAUCUCUCCCUGCUAGUAGAGGUCAAAGAGGCAAAAAUGCGCUGAUGGCAGCGAGCGAAAGCCGCAAAGAAGCUCCACCAGGAUCUAGCUCUGGACACAGACUGCCAACAACAAAAGGCUCCCUCUCUCAGAUAACUCCAGCAAGACAGACGAAAAGUACAGAAUAUCGCAAGCGUGACGAUAAAAAAGGAAAACGAUCAGAGGCUGCACCUUCUCAAGUCUGGAAGAAAAAGUCAAUUGUUAUUGGAGGGAACUCAAAAAGCACAGAAGAAUCCCCUCAAAACUCGAGUCAGAGGGUAUGUCUCAGCGGAGAAGGGCGAAACUCAGAAAAGAAAGGAAGUGCAAACUCAUCGGGAGCUAGUAAAGAGACGGCAUCAGUGUUUGAAAGACUUAGCAGCAAGUUUGACACUCCAUCAAACGACACCGAAAGUUCAGACAAGAACCAAGAUGGCAGAUCAAGCAAGGGAAGCCGUAGCCCUCCUUCAGUCUUUGAAAGACUUGGCACUCCUCCUGUCAGCUCCUCUGGCAAAAAGAAUAAAGACGUGGAACUGUCCACUGCUAAAAGAAGAAGAUCAGGCAGCAACAGCGGUGGUAGAGAGAGUAAGAAGGCGAGGGUGAGUGGUAGGGAGAGCAACAUCUCCCCAUCAUCGGUCUUCCAUAGACUGGGAUCUCAAGUAGUAGUGCCUGAAGGAAAUCAUUCAGGAGACAAGAAGCAUUCUGCACACGUUGCAGCAAAUACUCAGAGCCUUUCUGUUCAGCGAAUAGUAUUGGCCAGUGGUAAAAUUGUUGAAGAAGGGUUGAUGGUUAAUACCAACCCUUCAUCUCCAAUAUGA